AUGACGUCAAGUGGCGUGAUUCUCAGCCGAGUAGCCAGAGGCCGCGCGUCACUGAAAAAUAUGCAAAUUUCACCAAACCACGCUUUUACAAUAGAGAGGCAGAAAGGAUCAAAUAUGGUAGUGGGCGCCGGUUCACUUCGCUUCUUCGGAGUCUUAUGGAUAGUCUUGUUGCAUCAGACAACGGCCUCAGGUAGGAUUUUGAAAACAACACUCUCUGUGGAGUUUUUGAGAUAGUUUAUGCCAGAGACUUGUUCAAACUUUCAAGUAAAACGUAAGAACUUUUACCGUUUAACGAAGCCACAGCCGGUGGCAUACACUUGAACAAAACUUUCGCUUUAUAAAGUCUGUUUGUUUGCUUGGCCAGUUUAUGGCGGGCAAUGAAAUGUUAGUUUUCACUAGGAUUCGAUGUUAAAAAUCAACAGCAGUUUUGAAAUCGAAGAUCUACGUCCAGGGUUUAUAGUACAUAGCUACUAUGAAUAUUUUACAUUGCACGAAGGUUUGAAACCGACGUCGGCGCUCCUCCGAACACACCCCUCGAUUUUGUAACACUCCCUAGAGUGUAAUUUGAGGCCAAGAUAGCACUCUUUUUUCGAAGUCAGAUUUAGACUUGCUUUUAUCUUUUCAUGGAAACUUCAUUUUAUCCGUUAAAGGGCUAAGAAAAAGCCACAAUCCACAACAUUCUUUCUUGAUAACUACUAAUUCUGUACCUGCCCUUACGUUGCUAGGUUUUAACUGCAGUUCAGUGCAGUUUAGAUGCGAAAGUCAGCGAUGUAUUCCGUUGAGUUGGCACUGUGAUGGUCAAGAUGAUUGUGGUGAUAACUCAGACGAAAGAGGAUGCCGUAAGUUUAAUAUUUAUGCCCUAUUUCUUCUUUCUAUUUGAAUCGAAAUUUUGUACUCGACCGCGAAUGUGCAUUAAGCUCUCUAUUGUACAUGGGUCGAUCGUAGAAGGUUAACCAACGUCCAGCCUUGACUAGUUAUAGUGUAUUUUUUAAUCUUAAGUUAAGUCAAUUCUUUAUCAUUUCGAUGUGUUGAGAAAAUGGCAAGUUUUACUCUAAAGUUGUUUCUUCUUUCCUGUUCCGUGAGGCGAUCUAGUAAUUUGAUAUUCAAAAUACUAAACAUCAACUGAAUAGCGCGAAUUAUCAUCAAAGCACAUAAGAUUUAUUGGUCUCUGGUUAUAUCAAUAUUGUUCCUCUAUUUGCGAGAGACAUCGAAAAUCAUUGAUGUAGAAGUUGAGGUAUAAUCUAGACAAGUUUUAUACGAGAAUCAAUGUGAAAAGUUAACGAACCAAUCACGUCUUCGCAUCGACUGGCUUAAAUAAUAGAAAUUCUCUCGGGAAAUAAUUUCCAAGGCCCUCAAAACGUGACUCGCUUUUCGUAAAGUAGCCUUCAUAAACUGCAAUUGAAAUAAUUUUCUCCUGUUUUAAAGGAAUUAUUUUAUUGUAAUGACUGGUUUUAUAACUACACGUUGAAAUGUUCGCUACACGUCCGGCCUAACUCGACCGCCAUUGUUUAGGGGAAGAUCGUAGGUGUGUCGAGAUGGCUUUCAAUGAUUGGCCAGAAAUACCUCUUCCGGUAAUUUGCAUAUAACUAAACUACGCAAUACCUCUCGUAAAAGAGUUUUUGCGGUUUCUCUAACCUAAUUCGCCCAGAUAAACGUUGAAAAACUUGAAAAAGUUGUAAUUUUCUUGUAAUUUCCAUAAUAAUAAAGAAACUUUGAAAUUUGAUCCGUACAAAAGACCGUGCAGUAAAAACGAAAUCGAGCGAAAGUAUUGUCUUAAUACUGACAAUACUGUGAUCAUUCCUUUCGUUAUAAUUAUCCAGACGUUGGUAUAUUGUCUGACAGUAAACGUCAAAGUAGUGAUUAAUGUUGAAGAGCUAAAUAUUAUUUAAAGUAGACCCUCUGAUCUGAGAGGGCUCAAAAGUUUGUUUACAUUGUAGAGUUUGUUUUGAUCGAUGUGUUUUGAACCGUCUCGUAGGCAACAUUAGGCUUAAUUUUCUUUUCUUGUAUAUAUACAAUGAAGGAAUGUGCAAACGUAUACAAAACUGUACAAAAGGAAUCCCCUGCGUUUUACAAAAGAAUUAACUUAAGGCAUAUUACAAAACUAAUCUCUAGCAUUUAUCAAAGUGCAACAUAAAUGUUUAUGAACUUAAUCUGCAUUAGUUUUUAAAAUGAAAUGAAAAGAAAAUCGUUUCUUGUUAAUAGUGUGAUUAGACACAACAGAGGUCUCAGGAAUAGAUUUUUCAUAUGAAAUAUAGCUUAUUGCAGAGAGUGAGCUAAUUCUAAAUGAAUCCUAGCCGUUUGCCAAUAUGCCCACCUCACAUGUUUAUCAUUAGCAUCACGUUUGUUAUGCAUUCCUAGUCAUGUGAUAUAAAGAUUAAAUUUAAACCUUGAUGUCAACUUGAAAUUUACUGUUGAUCCUUUUUUGCUGACAAAGCUAAAAUUUGUUUGGAACUAUAAAAUGUCAAUGUCCUUAGUUUACAUUUAGCAUCCUAUCAGGGUGCAACGAAAAUCCUUUUUACAGCUUGCCCGAACCAUUCGGGCAAGCUGAAGCUAGCAUUUACUAGCCCAGACAUCAUUUCAACUAGCCCCAAAAGCUUUCCGACGAGCAGAAUUGAUUGCACAGUUCUUUUGUUAUUUAAAUUCCUCAAAAUACAUCACUUGCCCUUCGGGCAAGUUAAAAACAGAAUUCACUAGCCCGAUAGCAAAAUCUACUCUCUCUGGGCUAUCGGACACUACUUUCUUUGCACUCUGCCUAUGUACUUUUGUUGCCACAUAUACUACAAAAACCAAGUUCAACAGGUUUUAUUAAUACAGGUAACAAUUGUGUGUUCGAAACCAUAUGACAUAAGGGGCAUUAAAAAAUUGGCAAGAAGCAUAAAAAGACCCAUUAAGCCACUAGUGAUAAAAAGCUUAUGCUUAGGAUGGUUGUACAAGGGUAGUUUCCAGUUUUGAAGUAAAACAAGGGUUCAAAACAUAAAAAAAGACAACACUGCAGAUAAGAACGAAAAAUGUGUUUUCACAAGAGAAUGUCGACCAUGUCUUCUUGAUUGAUAAAAAGCUCUUCCAAGCCCUCAUAGUGCAAAGAUCUCUUGAAAAAGGGUCAGUACUUGCAUGAUUAUACUUCAUUUUUUAGUACUUAGCACAUACCACAUUCGAAGGGUGCACUUCACUAAAUUGCCAAGAAAAAAAUUGGUACCUCUUUGAAGACAAAUUAAAGAACUCUUUUAACAAAAGCAAUAUGAAACAAUUCAUUUCAUUUCAUUCAUGAUUAUUGAGAAUGUUAAACACGUUGGACGUGAGGGUCAGGGAGGAAGAUAAUUGCACCAUCAUUAGAGAUUAUAAUUUGUCUUGUGCAAAUUCUUUUUUAUAUAGGGUUGUUGGUUGCCUUUUUCAGCUGUGGCACUGCCUAGGUCAGUAGUUUUCACCAGAAUUCAAGUUGGUUUGCAGACCUGGAAAAAUCACUUCAGUUACAUUAACAAAACUCUUGCGAAAAUAUGUCCCUGGGGUGAUGAGAAGAUAAACAUGCAGGCAACCCAGUCGUUAUGUUUUUCUCAACACAGAGCCUGCGAGCAACAAAGUUCAUAUAUAGUAUUCAACUUGUGUUUUGUGAUAAAUUAGGCAAUGACACCGUUGUCAUUGCCUUAAAACAAAACACCCCAGGAGAGUAUAAAGUUCUUUACCAGUGAGGUCAUGCGUAUUGACACGAGUGAUACAAUCAGGCAAUAAUGCACUCAUGCAGUUUUAAUUAACCAAACUAGAAGGUCAGUGAAGGUUUUAAAAAGCAAUAGCCGUGCUACAUCGGACUUUAAAUCAAAAUAACCAAAAGGGGAGACAAAAACAGCGUGAUGUGUUGAGGCUAAUUUGUUGCAUUAGGACAUUAGCUAAAGACCCACUAACAGUACCCUGCACACAGAGGUUUCUUUCUACACGACUCACAAACUACGCGAAUGACUUCGUAAAUGCUAAAAGCCAUGCCAGAAAGAAACCUCUGCUCGCAAGGUAGACAAACAGCAGACUCAAUUCCAAAAAGCUGAAGACAACGCGAGUUUGUCUUUUAACGCCUAGUGUGCUGCUGAUGCUCAGCUAGUUCAUGAUUUCUUUUUUAUUCUAUUUUUCCCAGCCCUUUUCGUCUUUUAUUGUUUUGACUGAACAGCACUUUGUUGAGGCUGAUCGGUAUGAAAUCGCGUGACAAUCUCUAAUUAAGGUGUGGCAAAGUAUACACUGACGGUAGUUUCAAAAUAAGACUACGCAAUUUAGAUACAAACUGUUGCGUAAUAUCUUCGUAUUAAAACACUGGUUAUCAGCUCAUCAACAGCUGAUUUUCAUCUCUAGAAAAACCUUACAGUUAACGUGUAUAAAAGACAAAGUUUACUUAUUCAGGGAUUUGGAAUAAUGUUUACAUUUUUGUGACAAAGGAAUGAAAUCAAACAAAUGAAAUGAAUACCAAACACGUUUUUUCUAUUUAUAAGUGCCUGCAGAUCGAUUUACAAAAUCUAAAUGUCGGAAAUGUUUUCAAAACAUCAACAUUGUACUUCGUUUCCUGACUACUGGGACUUCAUCUGGUGCGCUUGUGCUAGGUUUUUUUUCUCUCUUAAUUAUUAAGCUAAGCUUUCUGCAGAGACUAACUGACGACCCGAGUCGCGCAACAUUCAUUUUUCGCUCCCAUCGCCGUCUGUCGAACUUUUCACGUGAUUAGAAAAAUUGUCAUGUCAUGAAAUGAUCGGACAUUAUCCCCAUAACCAAAAAAGGAUCAUUUUUGCUCUUUAAUGAUAGAUGCAUAUUCUAAUAAUUCGUCAUGGCUGGUGCUGUAACCCCGAGAGUCGAUCGGCACACCCUUUUUAGACGGGGGUGAACUUAAUUACUUUUAAGGACAACCACUUUCAGAUCCACUGUAGUUUAAUUGUUAAAUAACGUGGGUUAACGUGGAGUUCAAUCGUUGGUACCUCGUAGAGGUUCCAAAUGUACGCGCACAAAACGAUAUUCUGGUACUUUUUAGACAGCUUUGUGAAUUUUCCUUCUUUGGAAAUUUCCCCGCGGUCAUAUUUUCGGCUGCCUUUUACUUGCGCCUCAUACCUACUCUCUGAGAGCCUGGAACAGGCUAGUUAUUGAUCGACCACUCCUGCCUUUUUAUGAGAAUAUCUCCCCCCGGGAACUGUGCUUUAAAAUGGCGUAACGUAUUAGUUGUCGGCGAUAUUGACCACCUGAGUAUGGCGCGCCGUUUGUUUCAAAAUUAUUUUAGGAUCGUUUGUUACAAAAAUUCAAGAAAUUUACAUUGGCUAUUGAAUGGAAAGACAAAGAUGUAUUUCUUUCAAAAUACUGUUAACGAGAUUGUGAAAACUUGGCGCUGUGAUGUGAUAACCUUUCUAAGAUAUGUUUUUCACAAGAAUUUAUUUCUGCUGUUUACAUGUAUGUGCUGAUCAGUCGAUAAAAGAUAAGAAAUAUGUUAUCCUUGGGAUUUAAAGUUUGCAUUGUUAAUUGUGUUUGUAACCCCGUCUUGGUCCAACUCCUCAGAGAGCUUGGUGCGGAAUUUGGAGCAUGGCCUUUGUGUAUCAAGACAGAAGAAUGGUCUCUCAAAACAAUCUCCAUCUGAUUAAUCCUUUUAAACCAAAGAAAUGUUAGGUACUGGUAACUUAAAACAUUAGCUCUUAAAUGUUGCUGUCACUGAGAACCACGGCGAUGUUAUUUUGAGAAUUCCACGCACGGCGUGAAACGCGGCGACACGCAACAAGUUGAAUGGCAUGAAAGGCCGCACGAACUUCAGGUCAUGAUUGAGUGCUUGUUAAAAGUUACUAUGUGAAUAAAUACCUACAUAAUUUAAAACAAGUCGUAUUCACCACAGAUGAAAAGUCUGUAAGCUUUGCUUUGGCAGUUAGAACACUGGCUGAACAAAAAGUGGAGUUCGAUAGUUCUUCGAAAAGGAAGAUAAUCACAAAGUCAGUUUUCUAUAUGAACAACCCCGCUAAAUGUGUAAAAACGGCUUACAGCGUCCCUCCACAAGUGAACAAGGUGAAUAAAUAUCUUUCUCCUCAGACGGCAACGGGUUAACGAAAAAAUUUGUGUAUGCUGCAAAAUUAAACACGCUCGCCUUAAUAGAAAAGAGGAGAAAGGAAUUAAUCGUACAAGUGCAAGGACUCAAAAAAGUUUCAUCGUUCGGUUAAGCUUACUUCUGGUUUUCGUAUGAUUUAAUCAAAUUUUUUUUAAAAAACUGAAUUAUCAAUCUUUCUGAGUUUUAAAUUUCUUAAUUUUCUCAAACACCUGAACACACCUUCUCCAGUUCGACAAGAAUCUUCGCUUUGUGACAUAAUUUCCCUUAAAUCCAGUCUAGUCUUAUAUAUUUUGUGUAUAUUAACAUUGCGAUUUGAGGAGACGUUAGAAGAGUUAAGAAUACAUAAAUAAUCGUCAGACUUUGUGGUGACUUGUGUUUCGUUCUCUCUGCCAUCUUCUAUAACUUUAUGGAACUGCAGUUCAAACUUCCGACGGGAGGUCUUCCAAAACCUCCCCCCUCCCUCCCCCGCUCGACCUCCGAGCCUUCUCCUACCGUAUAUGCCCUUAGCCUGCAGGCGAGGGGAGAAAAGUGUUCCCCUCGCGCGGCCUGUAAAAAAAUAAAAUAACCGGCACCUGCUACGUAGGCCUAAUAUGCCCUCAGAGCCAUACUCGUCUCUAAACCGGCGGUCUUUUAUAUUAGCAAAAGAGUUUUGAGACGCUGAUGCUUCACCUCUCCUUUUCUUAUCCGCUUCAGGCCAACAGGUAUGUGAUCCAACUGAAGAAUUCACGUGCGAUAAUGGCAAGUGUGUCCCCACCAGCUUUGUCUGUGAUGGGGCUGAUGAUUGCGGAGAUGGCAGCGACGAAGCUACUGACAGCGGACCUCGAUGUCGUAAGUAUUAACAUUGCAGCACAGUUGAAUAAUUGUGAUAAAGCACACUCUGUGAAAAGUGGCUGGGUCCUCGUUCGAGCGCUGGCUACCCGACUCUCCUUGAAUCAACAUGGAAGCUCUCUAUCUGCAACUGGCUCACUAGCACUUCCUUCAUCAAAAACUGAUAAAAUGCUCGCAUUUAAAUCGGCACCUGCUUUUUGGAUUUUCUUAUCUUUGUUAUGAGCUAAUUCUUUGCCUGUCGUACUUCUAUUUAAUUUCAGCACCUGUCGCGCAAACUUGUAGCAGCGGCGACUUCACUUGCGCAAAUGGGAAUUGUAUCGACGCCAGACUAAGAUGUGACACUGAGAAUGAUUGUGGCGACAACAGCGAUGAACAGAACUGCGUUAUUCGUAAGUAUUUUCUACUACACUCGAACCUCUACUAAUUAUCACCUUUCCACAACGCGGGCCACUUCUCCACAGCGGCCACCUCUGUACAACGGCCACCUCUCUACAAUGGCCCCUUUUUUGGCGGACACUCCAUACAUUGACUCUUGUUUAGAAACUCUCUCUACAACGGCCAUCUCUCUACAACUAUCACUUUCUUCUGUCCCUUAAGGUGGCUGUUGUGGUUCACCUGUAAUAACUGUAACAUGUGAAGCCUGCAUUGUAAAAAAACGGCGACGCUCGCGACUCGCGGGUACUGAGUACCCGCGAGUGAAGAGGACCCGCGCGCCCAUAGAUGAAGAUCUUUAAGAAGAACUCUCCUUGCUAGUUUUGGUUGCUGGGCCGGUAGCCUGAGAACUGAAGCGCCACCACUGAUUUCCAAGGGAAGAACACUGAAGUUCUAUACUGAUGACGCGUCAGUGCUCCGAUUUGGGUAGUGUUACGCUGAUUGGAUGAAGCGAAUUUUCAACCAAUCAGAAGCACUACUCAGAUAGAUCUAGGUAGUGACGCGUCAUCAGUGUGGAAUUUCUGCGCUCAUUUCUCAGACGUCAUUUCUCGGGGAAACCACUGGUGGCGUCGCUAUUAUUGUCGGCUCUUUUCUAAGUUGCUGGGAUGAAUCGCCAUUUUAUUGUUUUUGCACUGUGUUUUUUUUAUAUCCGCGCAUUUCUUACGGUCUAUGUGAAACACCGACUUUUCUUUUCUUGCGACUCGUUGCGAGUAGCCAGAAACAGUUAAGUCUCUAAACGGCAGUUCAGGUAAUUAAUUUCAUUUUCUUUCUUUUUUAGCCACAUGCUCACCUAACGAGUUUCUUUGCCAGAAUGGCAGAUGUAUUCAGUUAGAUUUUAAAUGCGAUCUGGAGGAUGACUGUGGCGAUCGAAGUGACGAGAAAAAUUGCCGUAAGUCUCUGUUAUUUUCUUAAUUUUCUUUCAUUUCAUUUUAUUAAAUGAUCGUUAAAAUCUUUAUUUCUCUUGUACAAUUGUAGACCAAGCCACUUGUGAUCCUUCCGAGUUCCGCUGCGUGGAGAGUGGGCGCUGUAUUCGUGGUCGGUACCGCUGUGAUGGAAGGGACGACUGUUUAGAUGGGUCAGAUGAAUUAGGAUGCAACUUUACAAGUAAGAAUCAAUUAUGUCGAACAGUUGGCCUGGUGAUAAUAACAUCCGUAGAGAGAUUUAGAGUUAAGUUUGCAGCAAACGGCAAACGUAAAUUUGUACCACGUUACCUAGUGUUCCGUUUAGCCCUUUAGGUCCCAAGAGUGACCAACAUCAGUUUUCUCCUAACAACAUCAGCAGAUAACAAGAGUAAAAGUUAUGAGAAUUACUAAACUGAUAACCAAAGGGAAAACACUUUGAUCUUAAACCAAAUUCUCUCAACUAAUCUUAAAAGAAAUGUAUAGAGAUCAGUUUGGAGAAUUUGUGUGUGAAUCUUUACUUCUUUCUACAUCAAAGCGUGUCCAAGACGGACCACCGUGACCGUGUUCUCAUUUUAAAUAUUUCUUUCUUCAUAGCUUCAACUAGACCUACGCCACCCCCACCCAAAUGUCGAAGAAACGAAUGGCUAUGUGCUGAUAAGAGGAAGUGUAUUCACACCAAAUGGAUUUGUGACGGAGCGGCAGACUGCAAUGACGGAAGUGACGAAUCUCAAUGUGGUAGGCAUGAUGCGCACUUAUUGCAGUCGAAGAGUAUUGCACUGAGUCUCUUGACCUGACAUUGGUUGUUGAAAAAUUUCAGGAAACGUGGGCUGCACGCCUGAAGAAUUCACUUGUGGAAAUCAGAGGUGCGUUCCUGCCUCUCAACGUUGCAAUGGUAACGAUGACUGUGGUGAUGAGAGCGAUGAAAGAAAUUGUCGUAAGUAAAGUUUGCUGAAUUUUUACGUCAUCUAUUGUCACUACAUAUGACACGAGAGUAGAAUGGCUAAACACAGAGUAUUUUGUUAAAAGUAAUAAACAAAUAUCUCAUCCUACGUAAAUUUAAUGAUUAGAUAUAAAACAAACUUUUUAAUCACUCAAAUAAACAAUACCUAAAACCAAUAAAAAUAAUUUAAACCGUUAAUAACGCGUGCUAAAUCACGGUACUUUAGCUUAGAGAGUUUCUCCUAAUUUAAUUUACAUCAUUGUAACUUCUUUCUUGGCCGCGGCGAGCGAAAAAAGUUUAAAACGUUUCUCGAGUAAGAUCGUAACAUCACUAUUCAUCUAUAAUGCUGAUUUAUAACAUAACAAGUUAAAUUAAAUUGACCUAUAGACAGUAGCCCAUACCGACACAUAACAUGUCGUCUAACCUUGAUCUUAAUUAACACUCAGUAAUCACAAUUAUCGGCAAAAUAGCUACUUGCGGAUACUUUUUUACUGAAAUAAACAAAUCAACAUAGUAAUUAAAAUUUCAAUUUAAUUUCAAAACUUAUAAGGCGCAAAUAUCUAUAUAAAUAUAUUGAAAUCCGCCAACUGAAUAACUCAAGUUUUGCGUCUUCCAUAUUGUUUGUCGUUCGUUUUUUCCUUUUUCAUUGCAUUUGGUCAAUUUGCUGGGCUUUCUACUUUUGUAGCUCUCACGAAUAUGCAAGGUUUUCUUUAACUUACCUCUGUUCUCUAUUAAUCCAUACUAACGCGGGUAUUCUAUAAGCCUGGACUAUUAUUUAUGCCUCAUUUGCACUUAUUUAUUUCUGGGGAGCAUGGCUUGUUUCUUCAAUUAAUGCUAAUUUAUUCUGAACUUGUACUAAUUUUUCUGGGCUACUGUCUUCAAACCCCAGCUCCAACAACCCCGUCUGUCACAACUACGAUCACGAUUUCAACAACUUUAAAGCCGUCGCGGUCGGAGCCAACGCCUCAGAACCAUACUCGUAAGUACCGUGCAUGCAAAUCUACGGAGAAAAAAAAUUCUUUUCGAUUGAGUGGUAAACUAAGUUCGUUAAAUAAAUAUUAAAGAUGCUUUGUAGUGUAUGUUGUGUUAAGCAGACUAUGGAGUGAUUUGUAAAAAGUUAAACAAGAUAAUAUUAAAAUAAUAAUAGUUUAAAACAAAGUUAAAACUAGGUUAAACUAUGCUAGGUUUUAUUGGUUAUGGAAAAAUAAUGUGUCCUGCAUUAUUAACGUAAGCCUUAAUUUAAUCAGGGACUUGUCAGACGUAGUCUAGGUACAAAAAGUAGUCCCCUGAUGUACGAAGUUAUCGCCAGCUUAGCUUACGUUACAAGAUAAAACUUGCGUCAAAGCUUUUGUCAUCAAAACGUAAUUAUGAGGACACUAAGAGAGCUUUCUGUCUUGAGGACAGCCCGGCAAGACGCUGAUUAGUAAAACCCUAGCUUUGGUAUAUAGUUGGCUUUCGCUGCUUACAAUAUCAAACUUCCAAUUGCGGCUCGCCACAUGUAAUGGAUUCCGGAAUCCGGGAAAUUUUUGCUUGUGGAAUCCGGAAUCCCACUAUCAAUUGGAAUCCGGAAUCCAGAAGCCAAGUUCUACGGACAAAUACUGGAAUCCAGUAAUUGUAAUCCGGAAUCCACAACGUGGAGUCCAGAAUCCAAGACUGUCCUGGAUUCCCUCACAUGGGGCGAUACGGGGGCAGUGAAAGAAUGGUGACAGACGGCUGUACUCUCACAAGCUGUAAGAAAACAACUGUCGCAAACCGUUUAAAUGAUCGGUUCAAACCCGCUUUCUUUCUUUCAGCCACCACGCCCUCCACUUUCUGUAAACCAGGUCAAUUUCGUUGUGGCAGCAGCACCACCUGCAUUGAUGACAGUAAAGUCUGUGAUAAACACCCAGAUUGCACCCACGGGGAGGAUGAAACCAAAUGCGGUAAGUACAAAAGAACUUGGCAACUAGCCGUGAACUUCCCCUCCCCCCUCCCCGUCCCUGGGCCAUGAGCGGUAGGGGGGAGGGGAUGUGAUUGUUGAAGAGGCCACGCAAGAAUUCUUUUCAGCUCUGGUGAGCAUUCUUACCUUUCCGAGAGUUUAACUUUGGAUCGAAUCUCGCUUCGUGCCUUUCCCUCCCAGAGCAAUACCCACUGUCUGAACGCCUGCGGACAGGCUAAUCACUUUAAUUUUCUCCUUGGCAAGGAUUCAUAUUUUCUCUAGAUAAGAUUCAAUGCCACUAACUAAUACCCAAUAUUUUAUUUUGACGAUUAAGGGGAGUAUUAUUUAUUUGUUCCUUUGGUAGUGACCAUCCCGGAAAAACCAUGAAAGUGUAUUACCAAAAACAACAACAAAACUUGCGCCAUAAAAACCCAGGAAAACGUGACGCAGAUCUUGAACUAGCACUUAAUCAGUUAAGUCUUCGCCGAUAUAAUCUGAAGAUGAAUGGAUUUAGAUCUAAAACAUAAUGAAUUUCUUUCACUUGUGUUUAGAUAUAAACGAAUGCGACAGUUUCAACGGCCACUGUCUCCACACCUGUCACGACACGAAGAGUGGGUACUACUGUUCAUGUGACACAGGCUACGAACUUGCCGAUGAUAAAAGGAGCUGUCAAGGUGAGCGUCUGGAAACUAGCAUUCAAGUCCAUACCUAAAAUGUUUUAGAGACGGUAAGCUGUUAUUGAUAGUGUGACGAGUUGGGCAUGUAAAAACUCCUGUGUGAAAGCCGCGUUCAAGGUAGUCGAAAAAUGUUAAGCCUCCGUCAACUGUAUACAUGCAUCUUCCUUCCUGCGUAAAAGGAAACCAUUCCAGUUGGUGUGUACCAGAGCAUAAAAGAUCGCUGCAUUUUCAGAGAAUAAAGCAGUGAUGCUUUAAUAAAAAUCCUUAGCUUGUAAUGUAGCUCCAAUUAGGAACGCAUUACGAGUCCCUAACAUCGUCUGAGUAGAAGCCUAAUUUCUAAGCAAUAUAUAUUUUUCAGUUUUGUUGUCGUUAUCCGUCAUGAAUGUUGACCAUCGAUGUCCUCGUUUCUAUUUUGCCAGACAUUAACGAGUGUGAAAUACCAGGAAUGUGUAGUCAGGGUUGUUACAACACCAAAGGAAGCUUUAAGUGUUCAUGUAUUGAAGGUUACGAGUUGGAUCCUGAUGGCAGAAAAUGCCGUGCGAAAGGUAGUUAUUAAAAUUUUUUUUUUUAACUUGCAAAGCUACGGUUAUUAUUUUACCGAUUAUUAUUGUAACGUUUGUUCCUGCCUCGAUGAAAUCCAAAAAAGGUUCAGAGAAAGUGCGUUUCUGUGUUACUUCAUUACGCUUUUUAUUUUUCUUGCAAGCCAAUAUGAUCCUUAUCUUUUAGGCAAUUGGAGGUCCACAGUACCUCACUUCUUGAACCUGCUGACAAUUUAAAACCAAUUAACCACAUUACUUUCAAUUGCUAAGAAACACUUGAUCGUUUAUUAUAUCACUUUGGUGUUGCUUAAUGAGUUCUCUAAUUAAAACUUGUCUUUUUUACUGUUAGGUCCACGCCCUUCGCUCAUCUUCAGCAACCUCCGCAACAUUCGUCAAAUAAAGACAGAUGGUUCGGAAUAUAAAGAUGCUGUAGCAAGACUGAAGAACGCCGUGUCGCUGGACUUUGACAUCAAAACGAGCAUGAUUUACUGGACAGAACAGUCAGAGAAGAAGAUACAACGUGCCCGUAUCGGUGCAAACACCUCCUCGAAAAUUAUCAAUGUUAUGGAACAGGGUUUGGAGCGCCUAUCAAAGAUUGCAGUGGACUGGGUCGGGAGAAAGAUCUACUGGGCCAGUCAAGGUACGCGUAAUAUUUCGUUAAGCUCACUCUGUUUAGCAAUCUGAGUAGCACCGUAGAGGUAUUCACAGGUCGAGCUGUAAAAACAGACUGGGUGCGCAAAAGAUAUAAGCAAGGCCAUUAGGACGGAAAACACGACGGGGCGCCGGUUGAAUGUUGUAUGUCGUAGAUACAUUAUAUGUUAAGUGCGUGCCGGCAGAAGUUCCUUACCAACAUUUCACUACAGCUGAGCAGUAGCCAACACUCUCCUCUGUUUGGUUUCAUUUCAUCGUGUAUUACUUUAUUUUAUUUGGAUUUAUUUCCUCAUUAUAUUUUGUCGAGCAGUCUUUCUCACGUAACUCAACGUAUCAGUUAAAGGUAUUAUUCGUUCCUCGCUAUUUGGAACAGAAGGAGAAAAUAUAUCCUUUCACUUAAAAGCUCUGUCUUGUUUGUUCUACUCAGAUUCAAUCGAAGUGUCAGAGCUAGACGGUUCCUUUCGUCGCACGCUGAUCAGAGGCGGUAUUGAGAAGCCAAGCUCUCUUGUUCUGGAUCCAUCUGAAGGGUGAGAGCGUAGACUCUAGACUGGCUGGCUUAUAUCAUACAUGUAUAAUUUUGUUUUUUUCACCUGAAAGUUACGGAGGCUGGACCAGUGGUCGAUUAGUUGAUCUCGCACUCCGGCGGUGCCUGGUUCAAGUUUCAUUCUGACCACUUGCUGAAUUUACUCUUGAUUGCCCAGAAUAGUCUAGAUCCUCUUCCACGCGCACUUUUAAACAGCCAACCUGUUGCCUCCUACCGGCUGGCAUGGGGUUUAUACUAUGAACCGUGUCAUGUUCUAUUUGGAUGAUUUGUCUUCAGUUGUUUGGGUGGAUGCCUGUCAACUAGCUGGAUACUAAAUUCACUGCUAGUAUGCUUUUUGUGACUUUCAACCUUUAUAUUUUAAUGCGGGUCUUACAGAGAUAGUCCAUGCAGAGGUUUAGAAUAAAACCGACUUGUGCAGAGUUAUUUGAAUAGCCCAUUAUCUUAUGUAUCACAAUCCGAAUCUGAAACUCAACAAACUGAGAAACGUAUAUGUAAUGAAAUUUAUAUAUUCAUCAUUUUAAACUUAUAUUUGUUAUGCUCUGUCCCAUAAGGCUUCUCUAUUGGACGGACUGGGGAGACCCCGCGAAAAUUGAACGCGCAAACAUGGACGGCAGCGACCGCAAAAUCCUAAUCAGCGGUGUCCAUCUUGAAUGGCCAGUGGAUCUAGCGAUUGAUUAUACGACCAGGAAACUUUACUGGAUUGAUGCUAAACUGAAAGUCAUUAAGCACUGUGACUUAGACGGAUCAAAAGUCCGUCCAGUGGUGAACCAGGGCAUCAAGGAUCCAUCGGCAGUGACCUUGUUUGAAGAUCACAUGUACUGGAUCGAUGAAAAGAAAAUCUACAAAGCGAAUAAGUUCACAGGGAAGAACGUGACGGUUUUGGUGAAAGACGCUUUUUCGCCCAAGGAUCUGCACAUUUACCAUCCACAGAGACAGCCCCAAGGUAAGAGAAGUGAAGAUCGCUUUCAAAACGCUAUUAAAACAACUAUAAAUUAACCAUUUGAUAUUCUGGGUUCAUUGUAAACUUAAACGCCAAUCAUUUGCCAAAAAAAAAGGUUCCAACCAUAGGAUUUAAGUUGAAAUGUGGUAGUGUUAAAUGUCAUUAACGAAAAUCUUAUAUUUUAUUCUUCUCAGCUGUUAAUCCUUGUUCCAAGAACAACGGAAAUUGCUCUCACCUCUGCCUGCUUUCCAAAGGCAAGAGUUUUAGCUGCAGCUGUCCAAACGGGCUUUAUCUUCAAGUGGAUGGGAAAACAUGUAACCAAAGUAAGUCACUCACUUACUCACAGUAUUAGUUUAUUGGUUUUCUCUGCCCCGCUUUGUCGCGUUAUGGUCAUAGCAAACCAUAGCCUCGCCACAUCUAAGGAAAUCAGGAAUCUGGGAAAUUUUUUGCUGUGGAAUCCGAAAUCCUGGGCUUUGGAAUCCAGAAUUCAGCUCAGGGAAUCCGGAAUCCCGGAUUCUAAGUUCCACCGACAACGAUUCUAGAAUCCAGUACCUGGAAUCCGGAACUUUCAGUGUGGAAUCCAGAAUCCAAGACUGUCUUGGAUUCCCUUAUAUGGGGCGAAUAGCCAAUCAGAUUUGUUAAUAACUGUUUUCUCCUCUUUUUACCAUACUAUAGCCGAUUAGAUUUGUCACUAACUAUUUUCUCCUCUUCCUAAUAGCCUCGCCUCCAAAUUCAACUGAAAAGUCAGCAGUUAAAGAAACAACAACUCGUCUGUCACCUGUUAUUGUGAAUAAUACAUCAAACCCGUCUGUGAACAUUGUUGACAAACAGACUGGCUCAGAUGAGAGUAAACCAAAUUUUGGACUUAUCUUUGGAAUUCUGGCCGGUGUUUUCGUGGUGAUUGUCACUGUAUGUGUAGUCUUGGUUGUCAUUGCAAGGAAAAAGCGUUCACCACGACUUCAGUAAGUCAAUAAAAAGGCCCUCAAUACAAAUGAGGCUUAUUUUUCUUGCAAGGAAUUAAUAACUUUUGGGAAAAAUUUGGAAAUCUGUGGAGAAAAAAUUGCCGCUUGCUCACAGAACCAUUCCUUUUCCUUUAGGGGUUACAUCUACAGACUCACAACCUAUAACCCACCUUGUAGUGUUAUUAAUAAAGCUGAGUUGCACGGGAAAUGUACGAUAUUGUUCAAUAGCUUUCACUUGAAUGGUCACAAAGUUUCUUUUGGUUUUCACUCAGGGGCUAAAAAAAGCAUUGACACGGGAAAGUACUGCGCAUUAGCUUUCAUUUGAUCUUAGUAAAACGAAAAGAAAAAGGAAACAGGGAGUAAAACGAAAAAAGGAAACAGGAAGUAAAACGAAAAAAAGAAAAAGGAAACAGGAAGUUCUUCAAAGGAAACAGGAAGUAAAAGGAAACAGGAAGUAAAACGAAAAGAAAAAGGAAACAGGAAGUUCUUCAAAUUUUUCCAUGACACUUAUCUAAUACGUUUUCAAAUUUGAUUUCAGAAUUGUAUACACCGUUGACAAUGAAACAACAAACGACAAAGCAAUGAUGGUAAACAGCAAGCAAAGCAAGAGGGCGGUUAUAUUUAAAGGAAAUAUUAACAGAGACUUUAAUAACAUCAACUAUGAUAAUCAGGAAACUGAAGAAUAUGAUGAGGAUGAUGAUGAGAGGAGACCAGUUAUUCCUUUGUCUGACGGUGACAUCGUAUAACAUGACAGCACGGUCUCUAAAAAUUGUGGUCUUUGGUUCGCGAUCAACGUGGGUGAAAGAAAUUUCCUCUAUGGUGAAGGAUUUUAAUUGUCUAGACCAUCACCGUCUGAAGUGGCCUUCCCCGGUCCCCACACCAAGACCCUUCCUUUUAGGGGGGUGCAGCACAAGAUAAUUCAGUGUGGGUAGGAGAUGUUCGUCUUUCCUUCCAAUCUCAAGAGAUUUUGUCAGUCAAGAAAUCUUGAUUGAAAUGAGUUGAACCCCCACUAUCAAAGGAAUUCGUGGUAACGUAUAAGUUCGACUGCUUAAGUUAUAAAACUAACCAGUUAAAAGUCUAAUUUAUCACAUUGUGAAUAUGUGAAGUGGAAUAAAUUAUUUAAUUUAAUUUAUUCACGUUAUCAAAAAGUAGACAGAAAAUAGUAUAGGCUUCAUAAAAUGCAGGCACUUAAUCUGUCUUGGCGAUAACACGAUGCUGGAUGAGUUCAGCUGUUAUCGACAAAACGGAUGAGUGCAAAUCGAGAAGUCGUUGUCAUUUGAAAUAUGAGGCCAUUUUUGUGGCCCCCAAUAAGCGACCAUUAUCGCUGGCGAAUUGUGUAACAGAAGCUCCAAAUUGCUCAUGUUGUGGUUCUUUGCUAUGUUUAUUUUCUUGGUUCAAGAAUUAUUUUCCUUUGUUGGUUGUGUAUUAUUAGAAUGUAAAUUAUGAAACUAGUAAAGGAGAGUAAUUAUUGAACCAAAAACAUUGAGUCGCAACAAUCAACGGUUACCUCUCACCGUUAAAAGCUUGCAUGAUUUGUAAGUUAUACAAAAAUGAUUGUGACGCAAAUUAUUUUUCGUAGUUCCAGUAUCCCAAUAAAAUGGAUUGAACGGAAGUGCUUUUAUUUUCAAAUUUCUGUCAUUAACAAAUUAGGGCAUCAGCGGGCUGUAUGUUCGAAAUACAAUAAUUUUUUCUAACCCAGUAUAUGUACAUUUAUUUAGUAAGUAAUUUGCAUUAAACAGAGUGGUUUAAUUUUAUAUAGAGUGUGGAUAUUAUUAUGCGACCUAAGAGUACAGGAAUUGGGUAUUUGGUAUAUAGUUUGGUUUUAAUGUAAUCGUAUUGAGUUUGUUAUAUAAAAACGGUAACUAAGAAUAUAAUCGCAUUAUUUAUUAUUUAUCCUUUAGUUGCACGAAGUUCAUAUAAGAGGCACGCCAUUUAUCCUCUUUAGUUAUUUGUUCCCUUUGCGUCUAGCUUAGUUUUUUAUUAGCACAAACAAAGAAAAUUUCAGGGUAAAAAUUUGUCAGCUAAAUCAGAAGAUAAAGAUAUAUUAUCGAGUCUGGUCUUACCUAGUUUUCUGAGUGUAGAAGUUCAACUUUGUUAAAAUUAUGAAAAAAAAAAACAACAAACAAACAAAUUAAAAUUGAGAUUUCCUGGUAAAGUGGACGAAUACCUUAAUUUGUGUAUUGUAUUUACAAGACAAAACGUCGUUCGCCCUAGUUUCACGUCUUCUUUUGAAACUCAAAUUAAGAAAAGAGAGAUCUUACCAGUGCUUCUGAUUGGUUGUGCUGCGAGGGAAAUUCGCUUCGACCAAUCAGAAUCAUCUGGGUAGUGACGCGUCAUCGGUAUUGAAUAUUUCCGCGCCGUUUCCUCAGACGCCAUUUCGCGGGGAAACCAGUGCUGACGUCGCGGAAUGCCAGCUGUUUUGUUAGGCUGGUUAUCCCGUUGCGAUGUCUGGCUGCUCCAAUGAUUAGAUAUGUUGGGUCAAAAUUAACUCCAACAAAUUUGUAGUUAGAGUUUCGUGCGCUAGCACAAUCGUCUACACCGUGUGUAUUCGAGUAGGUCAUCGAGAUCAUCAGCUCCAUUUUUUGCAAUUUAUUCACGCUUAACACACUUUUUUCGUAUUCCAGUAUAUCUAGUAAAUGAGUGUUUAUUAGCCAGUUAUGUUAUUUUGCAGCAUUUUUGCUGUUAGUCCUUUAUGUCUUGUCCGCGAUCCAUUCCACCAAUGAUUCUGGCAAGUUUGAAAAGACCAAAACCAAGACGUGAAAGCUUUUUAGAAAAAACUGAAAUCGGCUAAAUUUUGAAAGCGAAACUUUAAACCAAAAUUUCUCCUAACGUAAUUGGGUUCAGCGGAAAAUUCCAGGAAAUUUNAAACAAAUUAAAAUUGAGAUUUCCUGGUAAAGUGGACGAAUACCUUAAUUUGUGUAUUGUAUUUACAAGACAAAACGUCGUUCGCCCUAGUUUCACGUCUUCUUUUGAAACUCAAAUUAAGAAAAGAGAGAUCUUACCAGUGCUUCUGAUUGGUUGUGCUGCGAGGGAAAUUCGCUUCGACCAAUCAGAAUCAUCUGGGUAGUGACGCGUCAUCGGUAUUGAAUAUUUCCGCGCCGUUUCCUCAGACGCCAUUUCGCGGGGAAACCAGUGCUGACGUCGCGGAAUGCCAGCUGUUUUGUUAGGCUGGUUAUCCCGUUGCGAUGUCUGGCUGCUCCAAUGAUUAGAUAUGUUGGGUCAAAAUUAACUCCAACAAAUUUGUAGUUAGAGUUUCGUGCGCUAGCACAAUCGUCUACACCGUGUGUAUUCGAGUAGGUCAUCGAGAUCAUCAGCUCCAUUUUUUGCAAUUUAUUCACGCUUAACACACUUUUUUCGUAUUCCAGUAUAUCUAGUAAAUGAGUGUUUAUUAGCCAGUUAUGUUAUUUUGCAGCAUUUUUGCUGUUAGUCCUUUAUGUCUUGUCCGCGAUCCAUUCCACCAAUGAUUCUGGCAAGUUUGAAAAGACCAAAACCAAGACGUGAAAGCUUUUUAGAAAAAACUGAAAUCGGCUAAAUUUUGAAAGCGAAACUUUAAACCAAAAUUUCUCCUAACGUAAUUGGGUUCAGCGGAAAAUUCCAGGAAAUUUUGGAAAAAUAAGACCAGAAACAAACUGUUCCAUUUCAGGCAUUGAGCUUUGGAAGUUUCAAAAUUGGAUAUUUUGUGGAGUGGGUCACGUCCUUUCUUUGUUUCUACGCUUUAUGCUGAGAAAAAAACUCUUACUUGAAGUACUGAUUAAUUGUAAGAAAGCACCUUUCGUCAACCUGAUAAGGCGUGUUUUAAGCGACAAUGUUACUUAUAAUUUUUUUUUAAAGUCUCCUAUCACAAAUUAUGUCUGAGAAAACCUUAACGUGGGUCUCAGUUAAGCUAGUGUUUAUGAAUUAAGUCUGUGUUAAUAUGUUUGGUUGUCAGUCGAUAAACAAUUUAUAUUAUAUAAUACGAUCGCCCCUGUGAUUUGGAGUAACUAUAUUGGGCAGUUAUAAAGCUUUGAAUUUCUGAAUUGUACAUAUUAAAACUAAGCUGUAAAUAAGAAAUAGGUAAAUAUAAUUCCUUGCUUAUAUAUAUUUAAAGAGAUGUACAUCUUUAGACAUCAAUACCUAGGAAAAUUGAUGUUUUGUUGUGUAAAACGUUUCUGUUAAAGGGGUCUAAUCCUAGGCUGAAAUGGGAAUUGUGUGGUGAAAUAUUCCAUAGACUUGUAGAGUUUUUGAUUGGAAUGUCCCCCCUGGAUCCCGCCAUUGAAAAUUUGAUUAAGUCAUAAAACACAAAAACACGUGGUGGAAUUCGAGAAACAGUCCAAAACUUAUUUGCUGAACAUGCAUGUUAUUUCAACCUGAUGUGAGUCGGAAAUCUAUGUACAGACAAACUUUAAUAAAUUUACAAAUUUAUCAAUUAAGCAUGCUUUAUUAUUAAGCACAUUCCAUUGCAAGUAGUUGCAUGUUCCUUUUCAGCCUAAAAAGAAACCCGCGAUUUAAAAACGUACUUUCCUGUUCAAAUGUCAAGAAGAAAACAUAUUUCGUAUUAGCUGCUUUGCCUUCAAUUAUAGUUGAAGAUUUCUGUUGUAGCUCAGUGACGUUUUGUUUUUUUAAAACCUAUUAGUCAAAUUAAGCUUAACGUUAUUGUGUUAGUUGAGUGUUAAUUAGACCAAUUUCGACAAAUGAACAUUCGUACUUGGCUCCGAGGCUUGGGAAAAUGAAACGCGAGAAAUCACUUCCUUCAGUGGAGGUUAAGGGAUCAAUAAGACUUUUUUUCCCUGUUAUUCCUCCAAGUCAAGUAUGAUAUAUAAUGUAUCAAAAUUGGUCUAACAUGCCACUAUGCGAUUCCUUUUUGUGAGAGAAAUGGCUAUCUUGUUUUCCCGAGGUGGUUAAGAACGCAUCACUUUCACUGUGAUUAGUGUUAUCAUUAAUAGUAAAAUAGAAAAUAAGAUAUACGAAUUGAAGCGUCAAUUUCCUUUGCUACAGAUUGGUUUAUAAAUAAAUAUGC